CAGUUUACGUGAAGCAUGUAACAGCCCUCAGUGCAGCUGAAAACACUCAGAUCUCUGCCGCGCUUCAGCCGCUGUUAGGAAUGCGUUACUAAAGGAUGUAGUUCUUUUCGAUAUGAUUUGGGAUGUAUUGCGGGUUUAAAAGAGAUAUCUGUAUUUGAUGCGCCUCUACACCAAUAUGCCAGUGGGUCCUUCUUUUGAAUUGGAAUGGAAAUUACUUUCCAACGCCGCACUCUCGGCACACAACACGAAUCAUGCCUAGUUUGUGUUUUAACAGAUUCUAUAAUGACCAGUAUGUAGACCGCGAGUGUGAAAUGAAUAUAAUUUACACCGAUUCGGAUUAGAGGAGUAAGAGACAAGACAUCCAGCGGUGAGGUUCGAGGUGUUGCUCCACCGACGUUUGUGUGAUCUACAAAACAUCUCUUAACAGGAAUUUUUGAUGGAGCUGGAGAAUAUAGUGGCCAACACGGUACUGCUAAAAGCAAGAGAGGGUGGAGGAGGGAAGAGGAAGGGGAGGAGUAAGAAAUGGAAGGAGAUUCUUCGCUUCCCUCACAUAAGCCAGUGUGUUCAGCUGGGGCACAGUAUCGAGAGGGACUAUGUCAGUCUGUGUCAGAAGCAGCCCAUUGGUAGUCUGCUGUUUCGCCUCUACUGUGAGACCAGACCUGAACUGCUGCGGUGUAUCCAUCUGCUGGACGCUUUGGAGGACUAUGAGAUGACCCCGGAUGAGAAACUGAGGACCAGGGGAGAGCAGAUCCUCAGUACGUUCCUCUCUAAAGACUCUUCGGAGUGUGUUGAGGCAGCAGUGGUUUUCGCUGAGCAGUGCAGAGAGAACCUGGAGCUAAGCCCCUGUAAGGAGAUCUUCAGUGGCUGCUGCAAGGCCCUCCAUGAGUAUCUGAGUGGAGCUGCGUUCUCCGACUACCAGAACAGCAUGCACUUUGACCGCUUUCUGCAGUGGAAGAUGCUGGAAAAACUACCGAUCACUAAAGACACCUUCAGACAGUACCGAGUGCUGGGAAAGGGAGGUUUCGGAGAGGUGUGUGCGUGUCAGGUGAGAGCCACAGGGAAGAUGUACGCCUGUAAGAAGCUGGAGAAGAAAAGGAUCAAGAAGAGGAAAGGAGAGUCCAUGGCCCUCAACGAGAAGCAGAUCCUGGAGAGGGUCAACAGUCGCUUUGUUGUCAGUUUAGCCUACGCAUAUGAGACCAAAGAUGCUCUGUGUCUGGUCCUGACCAUCAUGAACGGAGGAGAUCUGAAGUUCCACAUCUACAACAUGGGCACUCCUGGCUUUGAGAAGGACCGAGUCCAGUUCUAUGCUGCCCAGAUCUGCUGUGGCCUCCACCACCUGCACAGAGAGGCCAUCGUCUACAGGGAUUUAAAACCAGAGAAUAUUCUGUUAGAUGAUAACGGACACAUCCGUAUCUCGGACUUGGGCCUGGCUAUCAAAGUGCCUGACAGUGACCUGAUUAGAGGCCGUGUGGGAACGGUGGGGUACAUGGCUCCCGAGGUGAUCAAUAACGAGCGCUAUGGGAUGAGCCCUGACUGGUGGGGCCUGGGCUGUCUGAUCUACGAGAUGACCGCGGGACGAUCGCCCUUCCGCGCUCGCAAGGAGCGCGUGAAGAGGGAGGAGGUGGAGAAGAGGGUGCAGGAGGAAGAGGAGGAGUACAGCGACAAAUUCACGGAGGACACCAAGGCCGUCUGUAGGAUGUUGCUGACCAAAGACCCUAAGCAGCGUCUGGGCUGUCAGGCGGAGGGUGUGGCAGGGGUACAGGCCCAUCCCUUCUUCAAGAACAUCAACUUCAAGAGGCUGGAGGCUGGAAUCCUGAACCCCUCCUUUGUCCCUGACCCUCGGGCAGUGUACUGUAAGGAUGUGUUGGACAUUGAGCAGUUCUCCACGGUGAAGGGUGUCAAUCUGGACCAAACGGACAACGACUUCUACUCCAAAUUUUCUACAGGCUGUGUGUCUAUCCCCUGGCAGAAUGAGAUGAUAGAGACAGAGUGUUUCAGUGAUUUGAACCUGUUUGGGCCCCUGGGCUCCCGGCCCCCAGACCUGGACUGGUCGCUGCCCCCAGAGCCCCCCCGGCGCAGUCUGCUGGACCGGAUCUUCAGGAGACACCACCCAGAGGUAUCCAUUGCCAACAGCCGGGUGCAGUCUUCCAGCGUAAACUCAGUGGACUCCAUGUCCCACUCUGCCCCCUAGUGGCCAAGACCCUGUGUGGCGCUCACACAGAGAGGGCGGAGCAUAGAGGACAUACCUGCUGCUGAUUGGUUUACACCCGGCCUGACCAGCUGUCAGUCAUCCUGAGGGAUCCCGCCCUAGCCUGGGGUCAGUCCAGGAGAAACACCUGACCCCUUGACCUUUCACCUUGACCAAGGCCUAAGAGCUCAGGGGAGCGUGGGGUUCGAGGAACGUUCAACAAUGCCGAGACGUUUGGAAAUGUUCAGACACCUUACUCACUUACCCUCAGGACUGCUGGACUUGAGAAGAGCCACUGACGUCGACGUAAAAGACAUGAAAUGAAGCUAAUUCAGGGGAUCCACUGAGUCUAUAAGACCACCACAGGGAAUACAAGAUGGGGUCUUUGUGGAAAUAUUGUUCUAGAUGUUGUUUAAAAAAAAAAAAAAAAUGGAAAAGGAAAAGGAAAACCUUGCAUAAA